GUGGCAGACAGACCUUGGGGUUAGUUCCAGCUGGGGCUGGCAGGGCUGGUACUGUCUGGGUUAAAUGAUCCUGUUCCUUAAGAAAGCCUUGCCAGGGAGAAGGCACAGACUGAUACAUUCCUGUGUACAGCAAGUUCCUGGAUUACACUCAGGAAGUGCUGGGCAGGGUGGAGUCUGGGAUGGUGGCUGCGUGAUAAACCGGUGGAGAUGCAACCUGCCUGCCCCGCAGCCUGCCUGCCCGGUCUGGAGCUCCAGGUGCUGUCCAGGCUGUACCUUUCCAUCUCUGCCUCACCCACGGGUCCAUUCCUUGGCUGCAAGGACUUGCCAAACUGGAGAGGCAGGUUCAUCGGACAAGUCACACUUCAGAGGAAAGUGGACAGAGAGACAGCCAGCUGGGACUAACACAGUGCCAAGUGAAGCUCAAUCCUCUACUUUGCUGAGUGACCUCUGGUGUGGACAGCCAGGAUGGAGAACGACUCUCACAGCUUCGACAUCCAAUACGGGGACUACAGUGACCUCCCAGAUGUCCCUGUGGACUGUCCCGACGGUGCCUGCCUUCUCUCUCCCAGUGUCCUCCGUGUGGCUCCACUCGUCCUCUAUGCGGCCAUCUUCUUCCUGGGGGUGCCAGGCAAUGCCAUGGUGGCAUGGGUGGCCGGGAAAGAGGCGGGCCGCAGGGCAUGGGCUGCGUGGUUCGUGCACCUGGCGGUGGCUGACCUGCUGUGCUGCCUGUCCCUCCCCGUCCUGGCUGUGCCGAUGGCACGGCAGGGACACUGGCCGUACGGGGCGCUGGGCUGUCGUCUGCUGCCCUCGGCCAUCCUGCUGUCCAUGUACGCCAGUGUCCUGCUGCUGGCUGCGCUAAGCGGGGACCUCUGUCUCAUGGCUCUGAGGCUCCCCUGGUGGGUGGUGACUUGGCGGAGUCGAGGGGUGCAGGUGUCUCGGGGGGCGGCCUGGAUGCUGGCCUUGCUGCUGACCGUCCCCUCGGCUGUCUACCGCCGCCUGCACCAGGAGGCCUUCCCCUCCCGGCUGGCCUGUGUGGUGGAUUACGGUGGCUCGGUCACAACCGAGGUCCUGAUCAAUGCCAGCAGGUUCCUGUUUGGUUUCCUGGGCCCACUGGUGUUUGUGGUGGGCUGUCACAGCGUGCUCCUGAGCCGCGUUGCCCCGCGUCACUGGCCACUGAGUAUGGCGGUCAUAGUGGGUUUUUUUGUCUGCUGGGCUCCCUACCACUUCCUAGGGGUGGUACUGACUGUGGCUGCUCCAAACUCUGUGCUCCUGUUCCGAGCUCUGAGUGCUGAGCCGUUGGUCGUGGGCCUGGCCCUGGCUCACAGCUGUCUCAACCCUAUUAUCUUCCUGUACUUUGGGCGUGCUCAGUUGUGCAGAUCCCUGCCGGCUGCCUGUCGGCAGGCCCUGAGGGAAUCCCAGGACAAGGAAGAAAGCUCCACUAGCAAAGCAGCCACCAGCCAUGACUUCAUGUCCGAGAUGGAGGUGUAAGCAAGAGGGAUGCGGGGGUUAAAUAUCCGAGCUCUCAUUUUAUAUGGAACAGCUUCAGGGAUAGUUGGAUCUAGGUGCUCAGUGAUGUCUUGAUUUCAUUCCUCCCUUGACCAACAUUCAUUAUGUACGUGCUAGGUGUGAGGCUUUAAUAGAGUAGGUACGGGUACUCAGCCUCCAGAAGCCAAAUAUAGCAGGGCCAAGAUUCCCCUGGAAGCCUCCCAAAGGAACAAAGACUGUCUGACCUUUGACCUCUAAUGGCCAAAACUGUAAGAGAAUACACAUUGUUUCAAAUCACUACAUUCCGGGGUCUGUGGUCAUUUGUUACAGCCCAAGAACCCAGAGGCCAUGUUCUGUCCAUGCCCAUCUAAGCUGAUACCCUCACCCGCACUGCCCAUCUACGCCAUCGACUGGACAAGCACGAGCUCCUGUGAC